AUGUCAGAUCCACUGAAAUACACGAUCGGGUGGAUUUGCGCGAUCAGCACUGAGUACGUGGCUGCUCGAGCUUUUUUGGACGUCACUCACGACCAGCCUGACUGCGUUUCCCCCCACGAUAGUAAUGAGUAUACUCUCGGAGAAAUGGGUAGGCACAAUGUAGUCAUUGCUGUGCUGCCGGACGCCGACUAUGGUUUAUCGACGGCGUCUGCAGUUGCUCGAAGCAUGCUAAGUCCUUUCCCAAAUAUCCGUGCCGGCCUCAUGGUUGGUAUUGCUGGGGGCGCACCUUUGGAUCUCCCCGGUCGGGACAUUCGCUUGGGAGACAUUGUGGUUAGUUCACCACGCGACAGGCAUGGCGGAGUUUUCCAAUACGACUUUGGCAAGACAAUACAAGGCCAGCCAUUCCAGCCAACACGCUUCUUGAACCAGCCCCCAGACGUUCUCAGAGCUGCGGUUACCGGUCUCAAAGCCGAAAUCGAAGAGGAAGGUCACGACAUCGAUCGUGAAAUAGAAAGAGUUCUUUCCAGAAAGCCAAGAUUACAGAAAAAGUACAGUCGGCCACCCCAAGAGACGGACAAAUUGUUCUGUAGUCACGUCGUCCACGGCUCAAGCAUCGAAAUGGAGGCCUCGGAAGACGAGAUCCUAGUGUUUAGGCCACAACGAACAGAUGAAGAAGACAACCCAGCAAUUUCUAUGGGCUCAUUGCCUCCGCAAAUCAGCUCAUGA